AGUCAAAAAACAAUUUAGACAGUUUUGUAAAAUUUUUGGUAUAUUUAAUAUUUAUUUAUUCCUAAAAUGCCUCAUAUUUCUAAAAUGUGAAUAAAUUGAAGGGCUACAAAUAAUUACAUCUUGUGACCGUUAUUAUAUCACGCAAUUAUCUAUUGGUGUCCAUUUAAAUAAGUAGAUAACUUUCAAAUAGUUUGUUGGUGGCUUCUGUAAUCAUGCAUGAGGCGUACGAGGUUUCGCAUCUUCUCAACGCAACGGUACAGAUUGAAGCAAUCGCUGCUUAUGAUGAAAACUUAUUUUUAGGGACGAGGCAGGGUCACUUGCUUAUGUACUCAUUGGCAACUAAUAAUGGCAAUCAAAAGUAUGAACUCCAGUUGCUUCGAUACUGUAAAAACUUUAGCAAAAAACCUAUACAACAAAUUGAAGUUAUUCCAGAGGACAACUUAUUACUAUGUCUAACUGAUAAUGUCCUAUCUUCAUAUGACAUAAAUGGAGUUAAUUUUCCGCUAGUUAAAACAUUCUCUGAAAGCAAAGGUGCUUCCCUUUUUGCAUUAGAUAACAAGUCAGCUACCUCAAUGACAGGUGAAUCUAACUCAAUAGUACACUUAUGUGUUGCUGUUAGGAGGAAGUUGCAACUAUAUUACGGUAAAAAUGGAAAGUUCCAGAAACAUCUCUUUGAUUUCACAAUUCCCGAUGUGCCUAAAGUUAUGGCAUGGGGGCAACAAUAUUUGUGUGUUGGUUUUAAAGGGGAAUACACCCUAUUUGAUCUGUCUUCGGGAGAUCCUAAAGAACUCUUUCCGACAAGCAGCUCCAAAUCCCAAGAGCCAACCAUCGCCAAAUAUUCUGCAACAUCUUUUCUCCUUGGCCGUAAUAAUACAUCAGUACUAGUGGAAGAAGCUCAAGAUAUUGAAGUUAAGAACACCAUUAAGUGGAAAGAGGCACCUAUAGCUGUGGUUUGGGAUGAACCAUUUAUCCUUGGUCUCCAACAGGAUCAAGUUGUAAUACAGACAGUGGAGCCGGCCUUGUUCAUACAGACUUUGCCGGAUUUAAACAAAGCAAGACUUAUGUAUAGAUGUAAGCGUGGCCUUAUAUUCGUGUCGUCAGUGGGUCAAGUGUGGUGUCUCAGCUCGGUGGACAUCACCAAGCAGAGGCAGCAGCUGUUGAAGGACAAACAUUUCCAGAUAGCCAUAGAUUUAACGAAUCUUUCGGACUGCUCGCCUGACGAGAAGCAGCAGUCAAUACGCUCGAUACAAAAGUUAUACGCCAUCGAGUUGUUCGAGAGCAAAUUAUACUCGCAGUCCAUGAGGGAAUUCAUGAAACUUAACACAGAUCUGGAGUUCGUUAUAAAGUUGUUCCCCGAAAUAGACAACAAACCCGGUGCCGAGGUUAAGAAAGCGAAGGGGAAAGAUUCUGAGAACCCUCUUAACGCGUUGAUAGAAUAUCUGUUGGAGUAUAGAUCGAAGAUCGGUAAGAAUGCUCAGGAGUCGGCUGGCAAGGACGAGCUUAAUCAGAAGACCAUACAACAGCAGUUAGAGCUGAUCGAUACUACGUUAUUGAAGUGCUAUUUACAGACAAACGACGCUCUAGUGGCGUCCUUGCUGCGUCUCAAUAACUGCCGUCUGGAGGAAUCUGAGAGUACGCUUCAAGCGCACGGCAAGCACAGCGAGCUGAUCAUCCUGUACCAGACGAAGGGCCAGCACACGCAAGCGCUUCAGCUGCUGAGGGCGCAAGCCACCCAGCAGGACUCCAGCCUCAGAGGGUUCCAUAUGACCAAGAAUUACCUACAACACCUCGGUGCUGAACAUUUGAAUCUGAUAUUUAAAUUCUCCGAUUGGAUACUAGAGGAACAUCCCGAAGAGGGUUUGAAGAUCUUCACAGAGGAUAUAGUCGAGGUGGAAAACCUGCCACGGCCCAAAGUAUUGGACUUCCUGCUCAGAGAACACGAGCCCCUGGUCAUACCGUACCUGGAGCACGUGAUCCACACGUGGAAUGACACGCACUCGUUGUUCCACGACGCCUUAAUAAGAAUGUAUAGAGAGAGGAUCACUGAUAAGAAGUCCAACGCGACGGAGGAGGAACUGCAGCACAUUAAGUCCAAACUGGUGUCGUUUUUAGAGAAAUCCUCCCACUACACUCCAGAGAGAGUUAUAUUGCACUUUCCGAACGACAGUUUGUUCGAAGAGAGAGCCAUUAUUUUAGGAAAGCUUGGAAGACAUGAGCAGGCUCUAUCGAUAUAUGUACAGGUUCUUGGUGACGUGGAUAGAGCCAUCAGGUAUUGUGAGAACGUCGCUGAUAAAAACGCAGACGUCUAUGUGAUAUUGAUAAGAAUACUCAUGAACCCGGAACAAAAUACUUCAUUGACUGGACCACUGUCCAACGUACCGAGACACCCGAACGCCACUGUUCCCGACGUGGAGACGGCUCUAAGCGUGCUGGAGAAACACGCGGACAAGAUAUCACCAAUCAAGGCGUUGGCAGUGCUGCCGAGCUCUGUACCGUUGAGUCGACUUAAGGUGUUCCUGGAGAGCGCUCUGGAAAGUCAGUUAAGUUUGAAGAGACGGACGCAAGUGUUGAAGGGAUUGUUAUAUGCUGAACAUUUACAGGUACAAGAGUUGAAACAGUUCCACGAAUCCAAGAAGAUAGAGAUAAACGACUACAAAGUCUGUCCCGUGUGUAAGAAGAGGUUUGGCAAUCAGAGCGCAUUCGUGAGAUACCCUAAUGGGGACAUAGUACAUUAUUCAUGUAGAACUGAUAACCGAUAGAUGUUUAACGUAGAUAAAUAACGUAAAUUAAACGUGAAUCAUGGAAAACCAGCACCUUAAUAGGUAACUUGAUAUAAAAAUAAAUUGCAAGGUCACCUAUAGGAUAAUAUCUUGUUCGAUGAAACUAACAAUCAUAUUUUCCCCCCAAAAUAUAAAUUCCUCUUCUAUGAGUUACAGCUGUUAUUUAUGGAUACGUUCUAGUGAUCAAAUUAUUAAAUUAAAAAUCGUUUAAAGCAUAGAUAUUGUAAGAACUUUAAAUUAAUUUGUUUACAAUAUUUAUAUCGUUUCGUUGGACGUUCACAACGAGACCUAUGGGAUAUGUAACAGUAAUUUUUUUUUAUAUCUUAACAACAGUUUGAUAUUUAUUGGAGAGGUUUUUGUUGGUCUCUCUAAAGCAUAAUCAUUAUGCUUGUUCUGAUUUUUUUAAGAUUUUUUUUUGGUACAAAAUUUUAUCAAACUCUAAAAAUUUUGUGAUUUUUUCGGGGGGAAAUCGUAGUUUCUACAUUUAUUUGAGUUUAUAUUUAUACAUUAUGUUAAUUAAAUCUCUCAUUACCUUUGAUCUCAUACAAAGGAAUGAGUUUUGGCAUAAUAGAAGAUAUUACAAAAAAGUCAGUACCCGUCAAAAAAAAGUCAAUUAAAAAAAAAUGCACCACAGAUAAUCAUUCUCUAAUAGUCAUAUACGCUUAUGUUUAUUUAAUUUGCAUAAUUAAAUAUUAUAGAUUAAAAAAAAUAUUAAAACUUUGGCUCUUAUUUCUUCAUAUUUAAGUGUCCAAAUAAAAAAAAUUCCCUUGAUCCAUCAUCAAGUAUAACACGUAGCUUCUUUGUAUUGGCAUUUGAUUCGGGUCGAUUAUUUUUAACCCGUUAUAGGACUGAUAUAUAAUUUAGUUUAUUUAAUUUUCAAACUUAUGCCAUUAACUUAAGAGUCAAUGUACAGACGUUAUAUUUGUUUUUAUUGUAUUUAUUAUUCGCUAUUUAUAUUUAACUUAUGUAACAAUGUAUUUAAUGUUGUAAUAUAAUGAUUUUUAGUAAAUA